CUCCAGGCAAAAUAAUACCGAACAUCUACAUACCGGGAAAGAAGGACAGGGCUAUGAUAAUUCCUGUCAAGAAUCAGCCACCAACUGAUGCAAGACUGCAACAGUUCUGUGUGGAAAUAGAUGUGGGAUGUGCCUGUCUGUAUGACCUGUACUUUGGAAAUGACGAGGAGAACCUUGCCCCCAAGUAUGCUCUCCGAUCAUCAAGGAGAAUCAUUGAUACCCAGUCAAUCCUAUACCGCAUCUUCGUACCCACUGACAACGACUCCAAAGUAGACAACGUGGACUUUGUUCCUUGGCUGUGGUACAAGGACAACAAUGGCUGUGACGUCACCAUUCUGUCCAGCCUAUGGUUCAACAGCCAGGUGGGAGUGGACAACAUCAUCAUGGCGCCGCUCGGUCAGGAAGGGGUCGUGUUUGUGGACAUGGCGUACACUGUGACAAAGCGUGGACUGAAACUUACUGUCGUGAUGGAGAUGGAGGUAAACAAACAGAAAGCCAUUAAGGACAUCGCAAACAACUUUCUGAAGAUACCCAUGGAUUUUCAGGGUGACCCGUUGGAUCAGCUGGAUAAUCAGUUGGAGAACAAUGGCCUUGAAGAGCCGAACACUAGUGACUCGCCUUUGGAGACCUCUGCUGUGCUAUUACAGAAAUGCACCCAGGCAAUGGCUGACGUGGAGAAAUGUACCGAUGACAACUACCAGAUCGUCACGCAACACCUGGACGAGCUCACCAACAGUUUUGGUGACGGUGCAGUCGACCAGCAGUGCCAAACUAUGGCAAACAGCCAGGAGAGUCCUUUUGAUCAGAACGUUGGUGAUGAACAGGUACUGGCUGAUGAGCUUACAACUAAGAAAAGUCAGCCUGAAUCACCAGGAGAGGUCCAGUACAUCAUGCGGGUUCUGAAAGACCAGCAGCAGAUGCGGGAUGAGAAUGAGCGAGAAACUGCGCAACAGAAGCAAAGGCUGCAGCUGCUGAUCCACGAGGUAGAAAAGCUGACCAUGGACCAGCAAAACAUCCUGGACACUAUCGCGAAGGAAGAGCAAGACCCAGACAUUCCAGAUGAGACGAAGGGAGAAGCACGUGAAGAAAGAGUCGACCGUCUUGACACGUAUACUCCUCCUAUACAGGACACUGAUGCGCACAACUACAAAGACCAGCAGAUGCUCGAGUUUCAGAACCAUCUACAGCGGAGGGCAGCCAAAAACACAGUCCCGCAAGCCAUGGCCACGUGUUGUGGCACCCACCAAGGGGAUUCUGGAGUCUGGAAAGGAAAGCCACCAUCACCAGCUAAAAGAGAGACAUCGUGUGUCACAACGCUGGUCCACUACAAGAAGGCCGGGAGCACCUGGAGUACCAUACACCUGGGCCAUUGCCGCAUCUGUACGGAGACCAUCGCAGUGCUGCAGCACGGCGCAGUGUGUCAGGAGGACGGGUGUGCCACCUGUCUACAGAUCGCUAGCGAAGUGGCCCAGCAUAUCGCCGGGUGCACCCGUGGUACACAGUGUCCCCUCCCUAUCUGUGUCAGGGGUGUCCCCUUGGGUCUGGAUGAUGAUGCGGGUGCGGGUGAAACGCCCGUGUUCGUGGGCCUGGUGCGUCUGUACCUCAGGCGCACGUUUCCCCUUUGCUAAAGCAUGAGUAUGCCCUCCCGAUCAAAGUUGAACACCCAAACAAGGUUAAUGGUAGGUCGGGGGUAAGGUCAAAAUGUUAAAAACUUCCGGGUGUGAACAGGAGGUUCAACCAUGAUUAGGGGCUUGUUGAUUGGUAUUCGGCGGGGGGAGAGGUAUUCGUGGCGUAUUCCUUUUUACCUCCAUGAAAAAUGGAGGUAUUGUUUUUGGCGUGUCUGUCUGUCUGUAUGUAUGUAUGUAUGUAUGUAUGUAUGUGU